GGAAGCUCUCUGGAUCGCAUGGACCCAAGACAAUUCCAGUAUCCCAUUCGAUUGAAGAAGUGCAACACAGACAAGGAUAUAAAAGGAAUCUUAGAAGAAUCGAGGCGAAGACGGCGAUGCAAGAGUAACGAGGGGCGAGGGUUUGAUUCACGUCUAUGUGAAUGCGGGGGAUGCAGCGAGAGAGUUAUGCGACCCGAUCUGAGCACCAUAUCAUCAUCGCCAUCUUCUCCACCAUUGCAGACAUUUUUCAUUGCAAUCGACAAUGCGCACUUUGUCCAACCUGACAUUAUGCCAUGCACUGUGGUUUCGAUUCUUGCAAGAAUGUCUUAUGGAUUGCUGUUCUAGGUUUUCGGCGACGAUUUUACGGAGUGUUCCGUGUCUGUGAUUGAGGCUCUGGAGGAGUGGGCCCAGGAGACAGAGUCUGCUUUGGGAAGCAUUGCCUUUCGCCUGGACCAAUGUGACCAUCGAAUGUGAGGCGCUGGGGCGGUCUGGUAGCGCUAGCAGUUGUUUUUCUUGUUCUUGGAGGAAAUGGCCGGCCUAUUCGUGGCCUCAUUCUUGCCGGAGUGCCACAUUUCCUCGUCGCAGGAGGAGGUGUUGGUGAAUCUCGGCGGAGGUUGGGAACGCAGUGGACAUUACAAUCUUGAUGACACUCCCAGUCAGAAUUUGCUGCACUCAUCGCCCUCGGAGGCUCAGCAGUAUUUGUUGGACUUGAAUGCUGGGCCCGCUUUGUCUUACAAAGCUGAUAGUGGGUCGGAGUCUUCAGAAGACGAAGCUGACAUGGGAUAUACGCAGGAGCCUGUCGAGUGGAUUUCUCCUGCAAGCACCCCCCAGACUAGCCCUCAGACUGUUGCAGGCGUCGAGGAUGGUCUCGCGUUAGUGAAGGAGGACAGUUAUGUUGCAGCAUUUGAAAGCGAUCGCUCUCAGUCUCCUAGUCAAGAUUGGCAGGGGCAGGAUGAACAGCCUAGUCCUAUACGCCAGGGUCCUGAUAUGGGCAUGAGCGCUGAAUUCCUCACUCAGCCCGCCUCAGGAGUAGUGGAUUCGCAAUUCCCAUUUUCUGAAGACCUAGGUGGUUCUGAAGACCUAGGUAGUCAAAUUCUUGAUCGGAAGACGAUCCCUGAGUCGGGUUUCAUUGAAAAGCCUUUGUUGCUUCCCACGAUCCCAGAAAGCAUAAGCAGCCUGAGUGCGUCUCCCACUGCUGUUCCAAUUUCUAUGUUGGAAUCAAGUAUUCAGCCCUUCUCCCAACCAGCUGUAGAAACUCAGCCUCUAGAAUCUCUUGGUGAAUUCCAGCAAGGAAAUAAAGGAAACGAGUUGAGUAAAUCUACUCCAGUCACAGACAAUGAUAGAGGAAGCCUAGGGACGGCAGAGCAACAUCUGCAAGGGAGGGGAGAAAACGAGCUUCCUAUCGACUCUCUGCUACCAUCUGGUGAUAGAAGGGACUUGAGGUUCACGGAGCAAGAACGGGAAAGACUCAUGAUUUCCAAUGACGUCUCGCAUCUAGAAACUCAGAAAGAUGGUUCAGCGGUGCCAGAGAAACCGCAGGUGGCCUCGCCAAGCAGCACAGCUUCCGGGUUUGAGAAUGGGAACGGGGAGCAGGCGCAGGGAGGCAGUGGUGAACCAGAAUUUGUUCCGAGAACUUUGAAACGAGUUUGCUGUGCUGAAGAUAUGUAUGGACAGCGUAAACUUCAGAGAAUAGAAGACUCACCAGUGAGGACCCGAAUUUUCCCUAAAACGGUUAUGGAUGUUGUAAGAUCUCGCUCCAGGCCAUUGUCCGAUUCUCUAGUUGAUGACGAAUGCAACAUUCUGAGUAUGAUAAUGAGAACUGGAGUCAGUUUCCCUCCAUUUGUACAUGAGAAGAGCUCUGUAUAAUGUUUUUCUUGCAUAUGCAAGUUUUUACAAAUUUUGUAAAAUAGUUAUCAAGAGAACACUGACUUCUGGUCAAUUCAAUUUGUGAGCGUCAGUGUCAGGGGAAGAUAGUUCAUCAUCCAUCGAACUAUCAUGGUCAAUGUAAUUAUUUGUAAGUUUUACUUAAAGCUUACUACUUAACAGUCCGUUGAGAUAACAAAAUUGCAACUUCUUAUAACCUCGUGAUUGGGACCAGGGAGCAGGUAAUGUUAUUGUCACUCAGAAAUGCAAUAGUUGUUUCCUUGUGUAUUACUAACUAAUAGGACCAUCUGCAAACACUUGCUGAGAGUUACAGAGUGUCAUGAUUGUUUUUGACCUGGAAAGUUGGGUCCUGGCAUCAUUCGAGAAACGAUGAGUGAGAAAAAAUCACUUUCCACAUGAUUUUGGAUUCCUACCCAAACCUGCUAAGGAUGAGCGAACUGAAUGCUGGAAUGCCGAUCAGUGACCAGAACGUCUGCAGUGCUGAGGACCAGUGACCCACUAUACAGACAGUAAGUUUUGGUGCGGACCUCAAUGUUUUCUUAUGUACUCGACAUUUAUUUUGCAUGUGAGUUGAGUUAUAGAAAGAGGUUUUUGGUGCUGGAUUUCUACGUGUGAAGAAUGCAGACACUCAGGAGAAAAGUACUGAUUACGCGAAAGAUGAGGUGAAAUACUCUUCACAUGGGCAACAGUAGUGGACACUAGUGCAGCUCUUUGUGUGCACUUAUGAUGUGUGUGAUUCCUUCCGCUUAACGAACUGUUGUAAUUCAUACUUGGAUUAUGUAAUUAAAAGCAACUUGCUGUGGA